CCCUUCGUUAAGGGCCUUAAGGCUUUGCUUGUAUGAUAAGAAAGAAAAGAAACCCAUACGGUUUAUUCGGCUUUCUUGAUUCUUCACGUUUUUUGUGUUUGAUAGUCUCCAUAACGGGCAGAAAAUUCAGAUUUUAAAUUUUGAACUUGCUUCGUUUUCACGCAAUUUCUUCCGUUGCAAGUUGCAACGAAAGAAAUCCGCGAAAGAAAUCUUUUUGGGUUUUUUUUUGGGUGUUUGCGAGUCUCCAUAGUCUCUUUAACGGAUAGAAAUUUCAGAUUUAAAAUUUUGAACUUGGCAUCGUUUUCACGCAAUCUUCUUACAUUGCAACAAAAGAAAUCUCACUGGGAGGGCGAGGAAAAAUUGGUUAUAGCAAGAAAUAGUGAUAGGGUUUGAGGGCGGAAAUCACAGCCAGGUUCUAAAAGAGGUAGCAAAAAGAUUGUGGGCAUUCACAGAGCUGUGGAAGAUUUGUCCGGAAGCUGAGCAUAGCAGGCAGGGGGAAGCCGGAAGAGCAAUGGAGAGAGAGAGAGAGAGAGAGAGAGAGAGGUAGGGCCCCUAAGUUGCAGAGUAUCUUCGACCGAUCUUCCAUCCUUUGGCAAGGGUGAGAGAGAAACAGAGAAACUGGGGUUAAAAAUCUGAGAGAGUUAUCCACGGGCACCAAGUUGCAGAAGAUCACCGGAAAUUUGACGCCCACAACCAACCUCCACUCAUCUUCUCAGUAACCGCCUCUCGUCGAAGAACCCAACCACGCCCCCCCUCCCCCAAACAAAUUUUCGUUUCUUUUUCGAAACAAACAGCAUGAAAUAAAAUAUUUUAUUUUCCUGAUUCUAUUUUCCUUAUUUUCUUUUCUUGGCAUCCAAACACACCCUAAGGCCCUGUACUGUCCUUCGGGGCUCAUCGGUUGUCUAUUUUUUUCUACCUUUUGUUCUCAUUCCCUCCAUUUCUACUUUCUGAAACCACAACCGAAAAACCCCUACAAAACCCUAAGCAGAGUUUCUUCAGAGCGAUGAGUAGCUGGCGUACUCUUCUUCUGAGAAUCGGCGAUAAUUGCCCUGAGUAUGGCGGAACUUCCGAUUUCAAAGAUCACAUUGAAACAUGCUAUGGUAUACUUAUGCGCGAGCUGGACCACUCUAAAGAUGACAUUUUAGCAUUCCUUCUCCAGUGUGCUGAACAACUGCCUCACAAGAUUCCUUUGUAUGGUACAGUGGUUGGAUUGUUGAAUCUGGAAAGUGAGGAUUUUUCCAGAAAAGUAGUGGAGCAUACUCAAACUAACUUGCAGGAUGCUUUACACUCAGGCGAUUGCAAUAGAAUUCGUAUCUUGAUGCGGUUUCUGACAAUGCUGAUGUGCAGCAAAGUGCUCCAACCAGGGUCGAUAAUUGUGGUCUUCGAAACACUAUUGUCAUCUGCUGCCACAACAGUAGAUGAAGAAAAUGGAAAUCCUUCUUGGCAAGCACGUGCAGACUUUUACAUAACUUGCAUCUUGUCUUGUCUCCCAUGGGGAGGUGCAGAGCUGAUUGAGCAAGUCCCUGAAGAAAUUGAGAGAGUUAUGGUUGGAAUAGAGGCAUACUUAAGCAUCAGAAAACAUACCUGUGAUACUGGGUUCUCAGCUUUUGAGUUUGAUGAUGAAAGUGAGAAGGCUUAUGGUGAAAAGGAUUUCUUAGAAGAUCUAUGGGAGAGGAUACAAGCUUUAUCUAGCAACGGGUGGAAUCUUGAUAGUGUUCCCAGGCCUCACCUUUUGUUUGAAGCUCAGCUAGUUGCUGGGAAGUCAUAUGAUCUUGGUCCUAUUAGCUGCCCUGAGCAACCGGCUCCUCCUCCUGUACUUUCUGGGGUCACUUGUGGUAGACAAAAGCAUGAAGCCGAAAUGAACUAUCCUCGAAGGCUGCGAAGGCUUAAUAUAUUUCCUGCAAGUAAAUUUGAGGGUCAGCAACCUAUAGAUCGCUUCAUUGUGGAGGAGUAUUUGCUGGAUGUGCUCUUCUUCUUUAAUGGCUGUCGCAAAGAAUGUGCAUCAUUCAUGGUUGGUCUCCCGGUGCCCUUCCGAUACGAGUACCUUAUGGCAGAGACAAUAUUCUCUCAGCUGCUUUUACUGCCUCAACCACCAUUCAAGCCAAUUUACUAUACACUGGUUAUUAUUGACCUCUGCAAGGCUCUUCCUGGGGCUUUUCCAUCUGUUGUGGCUGGAGCAGUUCGUGCUCUUUUUGAGAGAAUUGCUGAUUUGGAUAUGGAAUGUAGAACACGGCUGAUCCUCUGGUUCUCACACCACCUAUCAAACUUUCAGUUCUUUUGGCCAUGGGAAGAGUGGGCUUAUGUAUUGGAGCUCCCAAAAUGGGCACCACAACGAGUGUUUGUUCAAGAAGUAUUGGAGAGGGAAGUCCGUCUAUCAUAUUGGGAGAAAAUUAGGCAGAGCAUUGAAAAUGCUCCUGCGUUGGAGGAGUUGCUUCCCCCUAAGGGUGGCCCAAACUUCAAGUACAGUGCAGAAGAUGGUAGUGAGAGAGCAGAAGCACAUGCACUCUCUGUUCAACUCAGCAUCAUGGUGAAAGGGAGGGUGACAUCCCAGGAGAUUAUUUCUUGGGUUGAAGAAAGUAUUAUCUCAGUUCAUGGCUUUACAGUUGCACUUGAAGUGGUUAUUCAAACCUUUCUUGACAUUGGAUCGAAAAGUUUCACUCAUUUGAUCACCGUAUUGGAGAGAUAUGGCCAAGUAAUUGCUAAACUGUGUCCUGAUCUGGAUAAGCAAGUGAUACUGAUAGAUGAAGUCAGUUCGUACUGGAAGAACAAUGCUCAAACGAAGGCAAUUACCAUUGACCGAAUGAUGGGUUACCGGAUUAUAUCUAAUUUGGCCAUAGUCAACUGGGUUUUCUCCCCUCCUAAUGUUGAGCAGUUCCAUGCAUCAGAUCAUCCAUGGGAGAUUCUAAGGAAUGCAGUCGAAAAGACAUACAAUCGCGUAUCAGAUCUAAGGAAAGAAAUUUCAUCCCUUGAGAAGGCUGUUUUAUCAGCUGAGGAGGCCACGGCAAAGGCUAAAGCAGACCUAGAGGCUGCCGAGUCAAAACUUACAGUUGUUAAUGGUGAACCUGUACUGGGUGAAAACCCUGCAAGAAUGAAGCGCCUCAAAUCAUAUACUGAGAAAGCGAAAGAGCAUGAAGUUUCCAUAUGUGAUUCUUUAGAGGCAAAGACCGCCCUCCUUACUCGAGCCCUUGAUGAAAAUGAGGCCUUGUUUGUUUCUUUAUAUAAGAGCUUCUCAAAUGUGCUUAUGGAACGCCUGCAUCAUGCAUCUUUAGAUGAAAAGAAGGGUCUUGUACCGUCUGAUCAGAUGGAGACAAUGGCUGUGGACUCUGAAGAACCAUCAGCAAUGGAGAUGGACAAAGAGAAUGGAAGACAAGAGAAAAGUGACGCCAAUGGUGAGAUAGAAAGGAACAGCUAUAAAAUGGGAGAAAAUCAGCAAUGGUGUAUAUCAACUUUGGGUUACGUCAAGGCCUUUUCAAGGCAAUAUGCGACUGAGAUUUGGCCUCACAUUGAGAAGCUGGAUUCUGAGGUAUUUACAGAGAAUGCCCAUCCACUUUUCCGCAAAGCUGUCUUUUCUGGUUUGUACCGACCAAUCCAUGAAGAGUGAUCAGAGUGGGCCAGUGUGUGUCAAAGAAGCAGCUUGGUCAAGUUGAUUCUUCAAGAAAAACAUUUAAACACAUUGGAAGAAGGUGUUAAUAUACUCUCCGCAGCAGCUGCAGCAGCAGCAAGAUGGACGUGGUAUUUUAGAGUCGGAGGAAGUCCACCACCUAAAAUGACGCGUUGAACCAGUAGAUAAGCUAAUUUUGUGGGCAAAACUUCGUAACUCUCCCCCUCUGGGACUUGUAAAAAGUUCUUGAAUGUGAUUAGAUUAUUGGUUCAGGUCAUGGUAACUCAAUUCUAAUUAUUAUUUACAUUGGAGAAAUGAAACCUUUGUAUUAUUGUUUUACUUCA